CGCAGGUUAAUUCACUAAAAAAUAUAUUUAACUUAAAGGUUAGUUAUCCUUUGUUGCACAAUGUUUAAGGAAUGGUUUGCAAAUCUAUAAAUGUAUUUUCAGUGCUUGAUUCUCGGUUGCUGUAUCUGUUUAUUUAUUCUUGUUUCUGUAUUUGUGUGUCAGUUUAGUUGUUGAUUCUCUAUUUUUAUAUCUACUUCUUGAUUUUCUGUUUUUCCUUUGGCUAUGUUUUAUGUUUGUAGUUCUUCUUGAUUCUCUGGUUAUUCUUCUUGCUCUGUUUCUGUUUGUUAGUUCUUCUUUAUCAUCCAAAAGACAAAAUUGAUUUCACUGACUAUAAAUAAUUUAUGGUUGGAACUCCCAAAACCCAAAAUGAUUUUACAGUUUAUGCUUUGGUUACAUGUCUGUUCGUUUUCUGAUACUAAUUAUAACUGGACUUUAAAACCCUUUUGGAAAAUAUUUUAAAGUUUAUGUGUAGUACUGUAAAAUAUUUUCUUUUACUUGAAUGUUACAAUUAGUAUCAGAAAACGAGCAGACAUGUAACCAACAUGUUCUGGUUACCGUGGAGAGAAGAUGUAGGAACCUUAUUUUACUACCAUAGAACAAUUGAUAUUUGUAAAGAAUAAUAAGAACAUAAACUAAAAAUUCCAAUACCGAAAUAUAAAAAAUAAAGAAGAAUUGCAGAGUCGAGAUAAUUAAUCUAUUUCCUUAAAUCUUUAAACGCCCCGUAGUGUGACGGUUUUAUGGCGCUCAGAUUCCCAAGAUACAACUGCAGCAUUGUUUCUGUUUACCAUCACCGAAAAACAAAAUCUAUCGAACCUUUUUUUUUUGUGAUGUACUCUCAGACUCAAAAUAAAAAAUAUACUAGCAUAACUAUUCUGAGUAGAGGAAUGUGUUGGUGUGUGUGUUUUCUAAAUGGCUCACAAGCCUUUAUAUAGAAAAAUAAUGAGAAGCACAAGUUUCAUUUUUCAACACAAAAAUAAAACAUCCAUGGUGCACUAAUGGAGUUUAUAAUUCUUGUCAUUAUUAUGUAAAUUUAUUCCACAUUUUGACCAAGAAAUUAAAGAAUAAAAUUAUUAUUGUUUUGACCAAUUCAAACAAAAUAGUAUACUUUAAAAUGGAUUUCUUUUUUUUAUUUUAUCAAUAUAAAACAUUAACAUAUAUUUCAUUUAAGUUAAUGAACAUGAAGUCCAACUAACAAAUCAAAACUCAAAUCCAAGUUCAAAUAUCCAAUGAGUGUAUUUGCUACUUUAUAUAAGUUUCUCAAAUCACACACAUUAGACCUCCAUUUCUCAUUCAAAUAAAACUUCAUUUUUGACAUAUGAAUACACUAUUCAUAAUGUUCAAAAAAUAGUUCCAACAAUCCCCCACAUGAAUAGAAAUGACUCUAGACACUAGACAACUCCACAGACUUUCUAGACAAGACUGAACUUCCUAGACAAGACUCGACAAGACCUAACUAAGGACUUUUGAGAGUACAAACAAAAAAUCCACUGCAUGAUGAGUUGGUAGCAAUUUUUCAGCCUUGAACCAGUCAUUGUUAAUAGCUAUCGGAUUUACUCGGCCAGGAGGUGGCCAUGAUGUCUUGAACCCCCCGGGGUUUGGUGUAAACCUAGACAAUAGCUAUAACACAGCUUCAUUCUCUCACAGAACUAGGUUCUCUAUUGUGUUCAGUUUGGCCGUGAACAGUCCUGGUUAAUCAUGAGUGAACUUGGAGAAUAUAACAUUUCCUUCAUUCUCCUAGAAACGGCCCCAUUUCACACUCACAAGGUGAUUUGCCAUUAGCUUUGUUUAGAGGAGUAUCAUGUACUACUCCAUUCAUAUCUCAAAGCUAUGGACACAAAUCAUUAAAAGCUAAUGCUUAUCCUAUAUUCCUUACAUGUAGCACUGUUUAAUCAUCAUAGGAACUGAGUAUAGACCGAAGUCUUACAGUGCUUUUGGCAGAUUUAGUUUGACUUAGUUGUCUCCUUUAACCAACUUCUUGGGAUCUCCAGUCAGUUAGGUAGAGUUACCGCCAAACCUCAUCUUAAUUCACAGGCGACCCAUUCCUUUAGAUUAUAUUACAAUUUGAUCCAUGACACACCUUUAAUUUAAAGGAUCCUAGGUUGUCAUCACAGUGAACAUAAUCUCUUGAGAUUAGUCGAGAUCAAUUUGUUUAAUGAUUUUUGUCAUCUUUUAUUCAAGAUACAAUUAACCAUUAUAUACAAAACUCAAUGCAUGACACUAGUUUUUUUUUUUAAUCAUAUUGGGAUAACUAUCACUAAGUUCAUUUGACCUCUUGCCAACAACUUUAUAUGGUAAGCAAAGCUUCCCCCACAUUUCUUGAAAUAACUCAGAAUAUGCACAUUUGCAUUUAACAUCUCUUAAGAGUUUAGAAAGUUAAUCUACAACUCCUUUAGAUUUAAAUGAAUAAAAAGCAAUUUCGAAAAAUUAUUACAAUUUUCUUGAAAAAUGUGUUUCAUUCUUAUCAGGACACAUUUUAUAUACAACUAUUUUCAUAGUUCUCUCAAGUUGAUUUAUAAAUCUAACUUGUAUGUUUUGGAUCUUUUCCAAACACAUAUUUUGCUUCUUCUUUUUUUUUUUUAGCAAAUAUACAUAUCAUUACAAGAUAUUAUUUUUGCCAUCAAAACCAAUUUUAUAUGAUUAUUCUCAACCAUAUUGACUUUAAAAACUACAAUACACAUGUCAGUUUUAGUCAUGUUAGUCUGAAAAUUCUCAUUGUUUUUGCAUGAUCAAUCUUUUUACAAAUUGCAUUUAAGCAUUGAUGAAAUAUAAAUGUUUGAUCAAUAUCAACAAACAUUUUAUUUCCUAUGGCAAAUGAUUUAUAUGUGGUAAACCUCUCCCAAAUUUAUUUUGGGGCGUCGACUCACUAAAUCCAUUUCCAUCCAUACAACUUGAUCUCUCAAAGAUCAAAAUGCUUUUUAUAACUAUGGUAUCACCAUACUUGAAACUUGAAUUCUUUUUCAUUUCUCAUGGUCACACAUUUACUUAAUAAUUAAAUUAAGUUAUUCCAAGAAAAGAAAUCUGAAACAAGAAAUCAAAACGUUAAGCAUUCCUGAUAAUUAAAGCAAAUUAACACCAUCAACCCAGUCAAAGCACACAUUUUGACCAAUAUUAAAAAAACAAAAAAAACUGAUUAAAUAACCAUUCAGUCAAUCAAUUAAUUAUUAUGAAAAUUAAGAGUUGGCAAACCCCAUUCCAAAACGUUACCAAAGACGUUCAGAAAAUGGUUUUCAUUGUCGCCAUUAAAGGUCUUGAUGAUAUGAUCGCUUAAGUUUCAAAUUCCUUUUUCCGUUUGACGGAAAGAUGAAACCUGUUCUUAUGAAGAAUAAAAGAUAUCAAAUUCAUUAGCUCCAAAAUAUUAAUUAUUUUAAUCAAUCUAACAAAAAAAAAAAAUCUCAAAUAAUCAAGUUUCAGAAAUCAGAAGAGAUAAUUUCCCAACACCAAGAAUUCUCUAAUUCUUGUUUUUCAUAACCUGUUCUCAAAAAAUAACUUUUAACAAAUAUCAGUAUUGUUAGUGCAGAAGCAUAAACAAUAUUUAAAGAUUUAAGAGUGUAGGAACCUUAUUUUAGUACCAUAGGACAACUGAUAUUUGUAAAGAAUAAUAAGAACAUAAACUAAAAAUUUCAAUACCGAAAUAUAAAAAAUAAAGACGAAUUGCAGAGUCGAGAUAGUUAAUCUCUUUCCUUAAAUCUUUAAACGCCUUGUAGUGUGACGGUUUUAUGGUGCUCAGAUUCCCAAGAUACAACUGCAGCAUUAUUUCUGUUUACCAUCACCGAAAAACAGAAUCUACCGAACCUUUUUUUUUUGUGAUGUACUCUCAGACUCAAAAAAAAAUAUACUAGCAUAAUUAUUCUGAGUAGAGGAAUGUGUUGGUGUGUGUGUUUUCUAAAUGGCUCACAAGCCUUUAUAUAAAAAAAUAAUGAGAAGCACAAGUUUCAUUUUUCAACCCAAAAAUGAAACCUCCAUAGUGCACUAAUGGAGUUUUUAAUUCUUGUCAUUAUUAUGUGAAUUUAUUCCACAUUUUGACCAAGAAAUUAAAAAAUAAAAUUAUUAUUGUUUUGACCAAUUCAAACAAAAUAAUAUACUUUAAAAUGGAUUUCUUUUUUAUAUUUUAUCAAUAUAAAAGAUCAACAUAUAUUUGAUUUAAGUUAAUGAACAUGAAGUCCAACUAACAAAUUAAAACCCAAAUCCAAGUUCAAAUAUCCAAUGAGUGUAUUUGCUACUUUAUAUAAGUUUCUCAAAUCACACACAUUAGACCUCCAUUUCUCAUUCAAAUAAAACUUCAUUUUUGACGUAUGAAUACACUAUUCAUAAUGUUCAAAAAAUAGUUCCAACAGAAGAAGGCUCUUGGCACAGGAGUUUCAGGAAGGAGCAGACAAGGUCUCAACAUCAAGAGGAACGUGCUCGGAUCCCCGUAGCCCCAAGAAGUGAAAGAGUUUCCUGCAGUGAAACUAGGAUGGAAGUGGCAGAUGAAGGUGAGAUUCAGGUGCCGGUGAACCAACAAGUGGAGGACGAAAGAACACAGGACCAGAAACUCCCAUCCCCGACUUUUCUUGUUGAGUUAAAGGAUGAAGGUGAGAUUCAGGUUUUGGCACUCUCAAGAGUUACAUUGAACCCAUACACUUUUCCAACGCAGUCACUUUAUGCGAACAUGGAUUACCUAUUUUUGGAGGCUUUGUCCAUAAUUGGAAGAUCACCAGUUUGCUUGGAUUUUAUGGUAUAUAUGGAAAGGGCAAAACAACAAAGUCUUCAGUAACUUGGAUAUUGAUCCCAUAGAUACUCUUAAACUGGCGGAAACGGAGUCCUUACUUUGGGCCGAGGCGCAUAACUCACUUACACGAGAAAUCGACCAAACUCGUUCACCAGUAGAGGCGAUUAUAUCGGUUAUUCCAGGUCGAUGGUGUUUUACGGAUGGGUCAUGGAAAAAAUCAGGACACAUUUUCGGGACAAGGGUGGUACAACACACUGGAAGGUUUUGUUGGUUUAAUGGGAGCGAGAAAUACAAGAGCAAGUCAGUCGCCACUUCAUUCGGAGAUGGAGGCUCUUAUAUGGGCAAUGGAGUGUAUGAGGAAUCUACGACAAUUUAAUGUUACUUUGCAACGGAUUGUUCUCAGUUGGUGAAGAUAGUUUCAGAACCAGAAGAAUGGCCCGCAUUUACAUGUUAUCUAGAAGAUAUCAAGAUCCUGAAAAGAAUUUUUCACAGCUCAGAGCUCAUCCAUAUACCAAGGACGCAUAAUUCAAGGGCGGACAGUUUAGCAUGCAGUGCAAGAAAGCAACCCGCAUUUGUUCACCAUAUGGAUGCGGAGUUACCGGUUUGGUUUACAGAGUCUAUAUGAGUUUGUUUGUUGCUGACAAAAAAAAAUGUAACCAACACAUAAACUGUUUCAUGUAACAGUUUAUGUGUUGGUUACACUUCCUCCGUUUUCCUUUACUUGAUGAAAGUUAUUCCAAUGUCUAGUCUAUCCUUCUUUAAUUGUGGUAAUAUGUAAUUUACUUUCAAUCGUAAAUCAUUAAUUAGUCAAAUGCAAGGUUAAAUGAAGUCCAAAGUCAUUAUAUUAUGCAUAGGAUUUUGGAAAGCGUCAUAUAUUUUGACACAAAAUAAAAGUUCUAAAACGUCAUAUAUAACAAAACAGAGGGAGUAUAUAUUAAGAAAUGAAACAGAACUCAAAAUAAAUUGAAGAAAAAACAUUGACUAUUUGUUUUGGAGGAAAAAUGACAUAGAAGACGUGAGUUGGAUAAAGAUCCAUAUCCCUGGAUUAUAUGGUAUAUUUGGAAAGCAAAGAAUGAUAAAUUUUUCAGAAAAAUAGAUAGAGACCCCUUGGAAACUGUCUGACAUGCUGAAUUCGAAGCAAACAACAAGUAAGGGGAACAAACAGUUAGAAUAACCCCCAUAGCACAUAACAAAUUCAGAAAGAUGUCUAAUAGAUGGUUUAUGGACACAUGACGCAUUCUUUAGUGGUUAUGGAUGGACAUGGAAAACCUCAGGAGGAACAACUCAGCUAUUGGGAGCAAGAAACCAACGCCAAAGAAUCUCACCACUUUAUUCGGAGCUUGAGGCUCUUUUAUGGGGGAUGGAGUGCAUGCUUCAAUUAUCGACGUGUCAGUCUUUUGGCACCGAUUUUAAGGAUCUCGUCUCAAUGAUUCGAUUGUUUUUAUUCCUCGAACUGAAAAUAUAUCAUAUGAUUCAUUAGCUAAGAUAGUGAGAUCCUUUCAUAGGAAUAUAUAUUACAUUGGUUGUUCUAUUCCGGUUUGUUCCUCAGAACACUUCAAGUUUGAGUAAUAGAUCAGCCGUUCGAUAUAAAAAAAAAAUAAUAAAUUGAAGAAAAAACUUAUGGUUUUGGAAAAUAUUCUUUCAUGAAAAAAGAACAAAAGCAGAAUAAAAAACAAAAACGAAAGAUUGAAUCUCUAUAGCAGCUUCAAGACAAAAACAAGAAAUUGAUGAUGUAGCUUAUUCUUAACGAGUAAUGGUGUAGUUAUGUUGUGAAAGUAGUGGUUAUACCUAAAUCACUAAUCUAACUUUAAAACCCUUUGACGUUUGUUAAGAAAAAACAGGUAGAAACUCCUCUUGUAUCUCUUCUCCUCCAUCAUGCUAACUAGAAUCAUUUUCCUCAUCGCCGUCUCUACUUCUGUUAUCGUCGUCCUUCUACUUGCUUUAUUCUCGCCCGUUCCUGAUUAUGACCCACCAGAAUCACUAUUCUCCUUCUCUCUCUAUGUUCAGCAAACUCAAAUCCCGUCCUCCUCCUAUAUCUCUCGCAGGUCAAGUCAGCGCAUGGCCGAGACCCACCGCAGAGGAGGCGGAGGAGGAGGAGCAUUGAUUUUCCGGCGUACUCUCACUGAGGGACCCGAUAACAAUUCUCGGAUAGUGGGGAAAGCUGAGGGAUUUAUAAUCCCGCAUGAAGACUUUGCUAAUUCGAAUUUUAACGUUAUAUAUUUGACGUUGGAGAGUCCUGAGUACACGGGGAGUGUUAGUAUUAGAAGCAGAGACAUGGCACAUAAAUUGGAAGAGGUUAUGGAGGUUGUAGGAGGGACAGGAGCUUUUGCCUUUGCUCGUGGAAUUGCCAUGUUCGCUGAAGUUGGUGCUGAGGAAGAAGCUGUAACCACUUACCGUGUUAAACUUCUGCUUAGAUUUCCACAUACUUCUAAAAUCGAUCCACAAUGAUGGACACUUUUUGUUUUUACAUAUUAAUAAAUUUAUAUACGCAUUAAAUACUUAUUCUGUAAGAACAUUAGCAUUGGUGAACCCCCUUUGUUA